GUGUAAGAAAGUGCGCAUGUACAUUCGACGGGCUUUGGUGUUUUGCCGCUGCUAAAACAAUUUUCGUUCUUUUUUAAGGAUGAAGCAGGAAAUACCUGCCUGCUUAGCUGUGAAUGGAAGUUCCAUCAAUGGCGAAGAAGAAGAAGAAGAAGCCAAACUGUUAGAGGUGUUGGAAAAGAUACCUGCAUGCUUAUCUGUGAAUGGAAGUUCCAUCAAUGGCGAAGAAGAAGAAGCCAAAGUGUCAGAGGUGGUGGAAAAGGAACAGCAGCGUGGAAAAAGACAGCGGAGUGGAGCUCAGAAGCGCAAAUUGAGAAUGCAGCGGGCACUGGCAGCAGGAGAGAAGGUGAUUCCCAGAUCUGAACGAUUGCAGAGAGGGAGAGCUCCGGCUAAGGUAGCUCCAAACUCCAGGCCCGUGGGUGCGACGAAUGGCAAACUGGAGGUGUCUCCAGGAGAGGAAGCCGGUCAUUCGGAACCGGGGCAAAACCCGAGUGACGGCCCCGCGUCUCCGUGCGGGGACCCGACGACCUCCGUGAGGAUGGCCGUCGUCUGCAGAGGUUUCCCGUCGGUUAAGAUCACCGAGGAGCAGCACGAUGCGCUGCAGGAUGCCCUGCUCGACAGGAUCGAGCUGUCCGGUGGCACGCAGCCGUUGCAGUUCCUGUCUGCUCGGUGCACCGACGGGGCCUCGUAUUUCAUUUGCGCCAACAAGUGGACGGCGGUGUGGCUGGAGGAGACGAUACCCGACAUCAGCCCGUGGGGAGGUGCCAGGCUGAAGGUCGGGCCUGCCAACGCCGUGAUGCGGCUGGCGAAGGUUCUCGUCUGGAUCCCGAAACCUGCGAGCAAGAAGGGUACCCCCGAGAUUCUGGCACUUCUGCAGAAGCAGAAUAUAGGCGUGCCAUCUGCAGAAUGGAAGGCCGUCAGCAGGAAAGAUGCGGACGACGGCACGUCGCUGGUUCUCGUUAUCGACGAGAAGUCUUACCGGGCACUGAGGGGGUACAAAUUUAAACUGUAUCUCGGUAUGGGGCAAGUGUCCUUCAAGAUCCUCGCGAGACCACCAGGAUUCAAUUGAAUUAGUCUCUCCCCACCCCUACCCCCACACCCCUUCUCCGUGAGGGGUCAGUUCAGUGACCUCGCACACGUGAUCGGUGGCUGAGAAACGUUUCUCGGCACCACUUUCAGGAACUGAGACUCGGGAUUGUGGUCCUCAGGCACGCAGAGAGUAAGAAACUGUGUAGGUGGGUGUCCAGCUGUAAAUCUACGUAUUUUCUGAUACAUGGAGGCAUUGGAGUGUUAACUGAUUUGCUUUGUGGAGUUAUACCAGCUUCGGUCACACAGGCAUGGCUGGACUUUGGUUCCACACACCUAGUGCAUACACCUUCCGGCAGAGCUCAUUAUGUGCUUCAGGCUGGUCUAACCUGGAACUGUUGAUUAAGACUAUGAUACAUUGCUCUGUGCUGUAGACAGUCAUUAUUUGAAAGUUACCAACUGUAAUUUGUUAAGAUUACUUCUCAAUUGUAACAUUUACCAUGUUGGAGGAUAAAAUCCUCAUGUAUAAUUAGGGGAAACUAAGUUUACCUCAGACUGCAUUUAAUGUUCUUCAUUUUAUUUUGCCAUCACCAAUUUCAAGGCUUUCAGCCUCAUCAUCAGAUGUAUUUAGUAUAAAUACAUACAUCAAAUUGAUAUGUUGUACGUAUAUUAUACGACUGUCUUGUCAACAUAAUUUUUCCUACAAAAGCUUGCCCUAUCAAAUGGCGGAAAGCUAUAACAUAUGUGUGCACUGUCUAACCAUUUGACAGCUAUGAGCGAGACUUUGUAGCUGUGCUUCAAGUCCUUCAUUACUACACUCAUUGCAGUGUUCUGGGUGCUGAGUACUUCUGACUUGCUCAUCGUUUCUCAGCUUGCUUUGUUCUUCCAGUCUUCGAACAGGCACUGGGAGAGUUAAGUUAGAAGUUAUUUAUAAUUUUAGUCGUAACAACACUGCAGCCGCACAGAUGCAGUGACGCAGAAUCGCCAGAAGUCACAGGAUGUACAUUGCAGUGUAAUCUGUUAAAUGUCCAGCAAACUAUGAAGUGAAGUGUGCUGUCACUCCACUGUUAACACUGAUGGCAAAAUUGCAUAAUGUACAUCACAUCACCAACACUCGAGUUCACUGCACGCUACAAAGUUUGGUGCCAGCCUGUUGAAGGUGCUGACAUCAAAUUGACAGUGAAGUCUCCGGAAGGAAUUUUCACUUUGCAAUGGAGUAUUUGUUGAUUGGGAACUUCUGUGUGCCAGACUGGGUAUUAAAUGCAGAACUUUCUUGGGCAAAUGCCCUACUGAAUUUUCCUAAGUUCAGAGUUGUCCUGCACACCUUACUGGACUAGCACUUCUUAAAAUUAGAAAUGUACAGUUUGCAAAAAUACCACCUGUCAGGUUCAGAACAAACGAUAAAGUGUGACAGAAGACAGGCAGUAGUGCAGCAAUCUACUGUACCUCAUAUUCCACCAUAGCUAAACAAUAAAACGAGUGUAUACCUCAAAAGUUCUACAAGAAUGUCCUAGUUUGGAACAGGACCUGUAAGACUGACAUCCAUCAAGAUGGCAGUCACCUAAUUGGCACAGACAUUGCUUCUGGUCAGUCUUGUGCCUACCGGAGCGAUCCAUUUUUAUCGCUACAAUCACAUCGGUGUAUCACCUGCCUCGGCACAGCACCUCAUCUCAUGUCGAGGGAUGUGCUCUUGGGGUGUGCAGUCGUCAGUUGCUCGGCCACGCGUAUCAGUAAUUGGAUUUCUCGGUGCACCUAAAGCUGCAUUUUUAUGCACCAUAUUUUGUGACAGUGUUGGCCACAACAUUGUUGCUGGUAACAUCACUGCAUUGUGGCUACAAUACGAGGCAGUGUAGUCGUACGGCCUGGCGACACUGCUGACGGAGCAGGCUGCUGCAGGUAGUUACCGAGGUAUGGGUGAUGUGUUGCCAGUCGUGCCCGUCUGGGGUGGAGAAUAUUUCACAUGGUCGGGCCAUAUCUGCCUCUGUCCUUGUCUGUAAAUACCUCUAUCUCGCUCUCACUCUUUUUCGUGCAGACAGCACUGCAGUAUUGAGUCACAUAACAAUAUUAUUUCACUUUCGUGCAUUUACAUAGACGCACUCUGUUUGUUGUCUUCAGGAAUGUAGAAAUGGGAUAGCAGGAAAACCACGAAUUUCAUAAAUGUGAUUUAUUUAUGACCAGAGCUGUUGUGGAACAUAGAAAGUAAUAUAUAUAUAAAGAAUGCAGUCUCAGAAAUGACAUUAUUACUGCUACUAUUUUAAUUUGGAAGAUCAGCGGCAGUGAGCCACAGCUGUAUUCUACGUAGGUUCUGGCAACAUUUAAACUUUUGUAAGUGUUGUCGCUUGUGCUUCCGUGUUUGUGACCGAGUAUACAUUGGCCUACUUUCCGUGUUCCACAUCUCUUUCAUACAUGUAUCACACGUAUGAGGUCCAUAGUUGUUGCAGUGUACUGGUGAACUACAAUAAAAUAUAAAUGUUAACAUUUGAUA